GCCAAACUGUGGUGCUGCGAUGUGAAAGAUUCCUGUGAGGAUUUGUGCUUUAUUUCUGUCCUUAAAGUCGCAGGUAGCUGCAGGUCAAAGCCGACGUCUUCGUCCUCACUCCGUACGCUGCACCUGAACACUUCACCUGAAUCAGCACAUACAGCCGAGCAGAGCGUCUAACUCUUCGUCUACCUCUUCCUCCUCUUCCUCUUCACCAUGUCCUCUAAGAAUCAUCCUCCACUGAUGAAGAAGCACAGUCAGACCGAUUUAGUGAGCCGCCUCAAGACUCGGAAAAUCCUGGGUGUUGGAGGAGAGGAUGAUGACGGAGAAGUUCACAGAUCAAAGAUCAGUCAGAUGUUGGGUAACGAAAUUAAGUUUGCUGUACGAGAACCCAUCGGCCUCCGACUCUGGAUCUUCCUCUCGGCCGUUCUGUUCACAGCUACGGCUUUAGCGGCCCUGGCUUUCCCCAGCCAACUCUACCAGAUGGUCUUUGAGCUCAGCACCACCAGGAUCUCCAUCAGACUCUACGGAGGAGCUCUUCUGAGUAUCUCGUUAAUCCUGUGGAACGGCCUCUACACGGCAGAGAAGGUCAUCAUCCAGUGGACUCUGCUCACUGAAGCCUGUUACCUGGGUGUUCAGUUCCUCGUGACGUCGGUCUCGCUCCUGGAAAUGGGGACGCUGUCCAACGGAGCUGCUCUGCUCCUCCUCAGCGAUGCCGUCUUCCUCAUCAUCACCCUGUCUUACUACGGUCAGAUCAGCCGUCGGACCAAGAAGAUCUGAGACGCACCUGAGACUCGUCCGUGCGCGCGUGUGCGCGUGCGUGCGUGCGUGCGUGCGUGCGUGCGUGCGUGCGUGCGUGCGUGCGUGCGUGCGUGCGUGCGUGCGUGCGUGCGUGUGAGAGAAUACUGAGUGCACAUUACAGGAUUGAUCUGUCUUGACAUGUUUACAACAUCAGUGACUCUGGUCACAUACGUCAUGUUGGUUUAUUUUAUAAUUACACAGAUCAUUAACCCUGAUGUUUUUUGCAUCUACGUGAAUCUCAGAUUGGAGUCUAAACUUAACACUUCUAAACCCAUCCGUAAUUUAGCUUCGGAUUACAAUGUUCACCGUGAGCAAAGGUAGAACUUUAUAUCUAUCUGGAUGCUUCUAUAAAAUAUCGUUGAACUACAUUACACACAGGAACAUAUUAGUAUUGAGUGAUGACAUCAUCUGGUAUGAAGUCAGCAUGAGGUUUUUCUUAUUUAGUCGUCAGAUGUGUGACGUUUUACAUACAGUGAAUUAUGAAUAAAAAUAGUUCUAGGUGAGUUAACCUUCUUAGAAAUUGUGUGUGGGUUUUUUUUUCUUCUUUUUUUUUUUUCUUUGCUCUGAAGAGGUCCUUCGGUCCCUCGGCUCCGAGCAAGAUCCGUUUUUAGGAUUAGCUCUUAGACGCUAGACUGCUGGCCUACUUCAGCUUCUGGUUCUGCUUCAUGCAGCUGAGCGUCCGUGUGCUAUAAGACCCAAGAGAUAACACAGUGAUGCAUCGCUACACCUCACACCUGCGCUCUUAAACAGCGUCAGUCGAUGAUCCGAGACUCCUGACGAUCCGAAAGUCCUGAUUUCACGUAGAUGCAAAAUUCACGUAGUGACAAAAACGAGUUGCAUCCAAAUUUGAUUACUGUUGCGUUCAACACAACACAGACUCUCCUGUUCGUCUCUCAGACUUUCCAGAGUUUCGUUAUUAAACACUUCGAUCGUAUCGUAAAAUCUGCAACAUUUCCGUUUUAUUGAAAACUAACGUCGUUAUUUGGCAGAGGACUAAAUGUGUGAAACACACCACACACUCUUAGCUGAAUUGCACCAAUGCAGCAAAAAUGGGCCAAAACUUACAGGAACUGUCUAAAAAAAUAAGUGUCAGCUUUCUGACUGACUUUAAAUAAAACAGAUGUAACCAAGUAUUAGGGAAUUUUUUUAUUUUUAAUCUUCCGAGACUGAAACAAAUCAAAGCUUUACAUUGUGCAAGAUGAUUUCAGACCGAUCCAUUAUCACUUCCUUUUUUUCUUUUCUUUUUUUAAUAAAUUGCAUAACGCUGUACCGCGUGCUCAGUCGAUUAAGGCUGUUUUUACACUUGGCGUUUUGGCUGUUUUUAUUUUUAGCCCUCAGCACAUGUUGCUCAUGUUCUCUCAGCUGCUUUUGGAAGAUGCUGACGACGCUGGGGGUUUUUUUUUGGGUCACAGUAGAGCUUCCACAUCAGGUCAGGACCAAGUCAUGACCUUCUGACCAGUCAGGAGAUGAUAUGAGGAGAAGCAGCUUCAGCCAAGACAAACAACCUCCUCGUUUCUGGAGUUCCUCCAAAUCCUUAUUUCAUCUAUUUACAGAGAACGAUCAAUUUGAUCUACAGCGCGAGUACAAGUGUGAAAGCAGCCUUGGAGAGGUUUCGCUUCGUGAAACGAUUAAGACACGACAUUCGGUUUACUGUAGCUUUUCUGUCAGGACCAAAACGAAAUCCGAUGCGUGUAGCAGUUCGUCUCUCAGGACGCUUUCAGUUUCAUCUUGUGAUGGCGUUAAGAUUACGGAGCCUCAGGUUUGCCUGGGAAUUUCCGGUUCAGGGCUUUUUGAGGUGUUUUCCUCAACAUGAUCUCAUUUGAUAAUGUUUGUGCACUGAGUAUAAAAAAAAAAAAAAAAAAAAAACAUUUUAGAGAUUUAUUUUUGAAUAGUAUGCUUCGCUAAGGGGUUUGUAUAUAGUAGUUUAAACUCAAGCUGUACUUUUUGUUAUUCAGUGUGUAGACUUGAGACCUGCUAGCCUUCGCACACAAGGGCAUACACUUCAGCAUACACGAACUCACGCGAUCAGUCGGCGUCUAUCUGAUUGAAAGGAAAGUCCGGCGAGAGUAGAUACACGUUACAGGUUGCGAAUGAAGAACACACCUCAGUUAUUUUUUCCUGGAAUGACUGACAGCUGCGUAGGUGUUCCAGACUCUCCGAUAUUAACUGACUCUAGAAGCCCCGCCCACUUCCACUAUCCUCUUACCUUUGACGGUACACAGAGAAUAUUUAGAAUUCGUUAACGUGAAAUAAAUUCCGUUCAUCCGCCGGUGCGGAACGGAUCACAUCGAUCAUCACGGCGAUCGUUCUAGACUUAAAGAUGGAGGUCGGUUCUCGAAAACGUUCAGAGGACGUCACUUCGGCGCAGUUACGUGUAGUUUUAAAGCACGAGCUCGGAGCGGCGUUCAGACCCAGAGCGAAGGUUCUGAAUCGUUCAGUGAAAACACUUUCUACCUUCUUUAUUUUAUCUCUACUCAUUAAUGAGGAUUUUGUGAUUAACGUAGAGCACGGAUCAGUAUAGAGCUGUUUGUUUGUUUGUUUGUUUGUUUUUGGUUGAUGUAAACAUAUAAAACACUUGUCCUGCGUAGGUGUAGUGUAGCAGUACAAAUGUAGCACUAACAAACUUAUCCUAUUCUAUUAACUCGCCGAAUAACGGAAAGAAAAACGUUUAACGUUUGUGUCGUUCAUGCUGUCGAAUAAAAUCCUCAUCAACACUUUCUCUAAUUCUUACCGCUGUCAUUCUUGUUGCAUCAGUGUUAAUAUCAUUUCUACGGAAACCUGCUGCUCGUGUAGAACCGAGCGUUUGUUUGUUUUUUGACUAGAGAUAUAAAAUUAAAAGGGUUAUAUUUGUUAUAUGGUGAAUAAAUGUUCUGCUCUUUUUCCAGAUCGAUCGGUUAUCGUUACUCACGAAUAUCAGGACGGCGUUUAGGAAUAAAAAAAGCUGUCGUUUUCGUUUCGGUUUAUAGAUUGAUUUCUAGCGAACACGUCUUUAUCUCCUUUUUUUUUAACGAUCCACAGCCACGCUCACUGAACACACUACUGUUUCUUAUUUAGCUGUCACAAGAAAGAGGUUCAAUCUCAACUAUAACCGCGUAUAAAUAACGUCGACUUUAAUCCGAUAACCCGGAGGUGUUUCAUCGUGUUUCAGAUCUUUAUGUGUGUGUGAAUCGACAGCUCGGUUAAAUUAGCGUGAUGGUAGAAUUUUAGCAUUUCCCUUCUUCGACUGAAACAUUUCCUGCGAUCAUAAAGAUGUCUCGAAGUGUUUCGAUCACUUCGAUGAAUCGAAGUGUUUGCUGAUCUUUAAUAACCAAAAAUUUCACCACGACUUAAAUUUUUUUUUUUUUAGUUUGGAACCAGACUUCUGGGUUGUUGUGUGUUGCGUUUAUGUUGUACAGUCGCACAGCUUUCACAAAAACGACACGGCCGUCGUUGUGUGUUUCGUUUCCAAAAAAAAUACAAAACUCUGUACAUACGAUCAUAAAUGUUAGAAUUGUGUAUAUACUUUUGUAGCAAGAAUGUGAAGUGCUUCAGAAAUAAACCUACAGUUUCCCAAAUGCC